UAGUGAUAUACAUCGCCAGAGAGUGCCGUUGAGACGUUCAAUCUGUCCAUUUGAUUGGGGGUUGUAUGCUGUUGUUCUACUGGUAACUAUUCCUUUAUCGUGGAGAAAAUGUUUUAAUUCUGCAGACAUAAACGACGAUCCUCUGUCUGAAUGCAUGUAGGAUGGCAUACCAAACAGGGAAAACAACUGGCACAGGCAAUUAAUAAUAGUUGAUGCUGUCAUAUCCUGACAAGGAAAAGCGAACGGAAAUCUAGAGUACUCAUCAAUUAUCGUAAGAAGAUAUUUGUUCCGGGAGUUUGAAGGAAGAGGUCCUUUGAAAUCAAUAUUUAGACGUUCAAAAGGAGAAGUCGCUUUAAUAAGAUUUCCUGUGGAUACUUUGCAAAACCUGGGUUUCAGCUGAGCACAAACUGCACAACUAGAUAUCGUCCUCUUCACAUCAUCAACAGAAAAAGGUAGGUUCUUAGAACGCACAAAGUGAAGAAGGCGAACAACUCCUGGAUGGCACAGAGAGUUAUGUAGGUCUUUCAGAUUAGUUUCACCCAUUACAGAAGCAGAAUAUCCGCGAGAUAAUGCAUCGGCGACUUUGUUUUCUUUGCCACAACGGUAGAUUAUAUCAAAACUGUAACAAGAAAGUUCUAUUCGCCAACGCUGAAUCUUGUCAUUCUUUAUUUUCCCAUGGUGGUUCAUAUCGUACAUGAAAGAAACUGAUCGUUGGUCUGUAAUGAGUUGGAAAUGAGUACCAAGUAAAUAAUGACGCCAUUUUCUAAUAGCUUCGACGAUGGCAUAAGCUUCUUUCUCCACCGCUGAGUGAUGCCGUUCACUUGGUGAUAGUGUUCUGGAAAAAAAUGCAACGGGUCUACCAUUUUGUGUUAACGUGGCAGCUAUAGCAGUAUCCGAAGCGUCGGUUUCAACUAUAAGGGGCAAGUCGAGAUCCACAGUAGUCAUCACAGAUUGAGCAAGUUCAUUUUUUAAUGCUGCAUAUGAGCUUACAAUAGUACCUGGUAAUGGAAAGAUUUUAUUUUGUAUAAGGGGUUGAAUUUUAUCGGAGAAAUGAGAUAUCCAUUGUGAAUAAUACGCAAAGAGACCAAUGACUCGCUGUUGGGAUUUAAGAUCUCGUGGAGGUGAUAAAUUCCAUAAUGCUUGAAGUCUAUCGGGAUCAGGUUUGAUCAUUUUAUGAGAAACUUGAUAGCCUAGAAGUUUUACUUGUUUAACGCCAAUGACACUUUUAUUCUCAUUGAAUGUUAGCCCAUAUUUUCUGGAUGCUUCAUAGAACCGGGCAAGAUUUUUUGCAUGUUGUUCUGUGUUUUCACCACAAAUAGUUAUAUUAUCUAAAUAAGCAAAUGUAGCUUGAAGAUUUUCAUUUCUGAUAAUCUGACUGAUAACUCUCUGAAAACACGAAACACCGUUUGUGACACCAAAGGGAAUACGACGGAACUGAUAGAGGUUGCCGCAAGCUUCAAAAGCUGUGAAGAGUUUCUCUUCUUCUUUGAUGGGUAUUUGAUGGUAAGCACUAUUUAAAUCCAAAGUGCUAAAUACAGUAUAUUUUGAAAUCUUUUCAAUCAUCUCAUCAAUUUUUGGGAGUGGAUAGGCAUCCAAUAAUGUGAAACGAUUUAUCGUUUGGCUGUAAUCAAUCACCAUUCUACGCUUGUGGCGUUCAUUAGUAGUGACCAAAACUUGAGCGCGCCAAGGGGAGUUAGAUGGCUCGAUGAUCUGCUCACUGAGUAAAUUUUCGAUUUCCAGCUUGAUGAAAUGUUCAUCUGAAGUGGAAUGUCUUCGUGAUUUUGUAGCGAUCGGAACACAUUUGGGUGUUAGGUUAUGAAACAAGGGAGGUGGAUCAAUAUGUGCAGCAACAAGAUUACACAGUGAAAAUGGAUUGUUUUUACCUUCAAAUGGAAUUUCGAGUUUAUUAUGCAAGCGUAAAAAAUCAUGACCUAAUAGCACAUCAGCACACAGAUUUGGCAACACUGAAAGUUUGAUAUCUAAUGGAAUUACGUGUUGGCAAUAAAUAUCGCCUUGGUCGUAAAAUUGGUAGUGGAUCUUUUGGCGAAAUUUAUCUAGGUACCGAUGUUACAAACAAUGAAGAGGUAGCCAUAAAACUAGAAUGCGUCAAAGCUAAACAUCCACAACUUCAAAUUGAGGCUAAAAUUUACCGGCUGAUGCAAGGAGGUGUUGGAAUUCCUUGUUUUAAAUGGUCUGGAACAGAAGGCGAUUACAAUGUUCUCGUGUUACAGCUACUUGGGCCGAGUUUAGAAGAUCUCUUCAACUUUUGUGGCCGUCGAUUUAAAUUAAAAACAGUCCUGUUAUUAGCUGAUCAGAUAAUUACACGUGUAGAAUAUAUACAGAAUAAAAAUUUUAUUCAUCGUGACAUCAAACCGGAUAAUUUUCUUAUGGGUUUGGGUAAACGUGGCAAUCUAGUCUAUCUAAUCGAUUUCGGUUUGGCUAAAAAAUAUCGUGACAGUCGAACACGUCAGCAUAUACCAUAUCGAGAGAAUAAAAAUCUUACCGGGACAGCACGAUAUGCCAGUAUUAAUACACAUUUGGGUAUAGAACAAGCACGCAGAGAUGAUAUGGAAUCGUUGGGCUAUGUAUUAAUGUAUUUCUUACGUGGUAGUCUUCCAUGGCAAGGUUUAAAAGCUGGUACUAAACGUCAAAAAUAUGAACGUAUUAGUGAGAAAAAAAUGCAAACCCCAGUAGAAGUAUUAUGCGAAGGUUAUCCAGUUGAAAUGGCUGUCUACUUAAAUUACUGUCGAGGAAUGCGUUUCGACAAUGAACCAGAUUAUUCCUAUUGUCGUCAAUUAUUCCGUAGUCUAUUCCACCGGGAAGGAUUUACAUACGAUUGUAUAUUUGAUUGGAAUUUAUUGAAAUUCUCUGGAAAUGAUCAAAACGCUGUAAACAAUACAAGUAAUAAUAAUAACAAUAACACUAACAAUAAUAAUAAUAAUAACAAUAAUAAUACGAAUGACAAUGCAAAUGCCAAUAUCUCUUUGGCUGUGAAUUACACUCAACAGCAAACAAUACGGCAACAGAGGGCACUAGGAAAUGUUAAGGCAUCUCUUCGAGGUCAUCAUCAUGAUGAAAAGGCUAAAUCUCGCAACAAACUUGUCUCCGGUAAUCCUGGUUAUCCAUCUCAACAGGUGACUGCCUCACUUCUGAAUAAUAAUAAUACCAAUUCUUCAACUCCUGCAGCAACAAAUUCACGUUCAGGUUUCACUCAACAAGGUGUUGGCGCAGUGACAGCUUAUCCACGUGGAAUGCCAGCGUCUUGUCUACCAGCUGCACAAAAUAUGGUUGCUCAAUCACUUCAAGUCAUGAGUCUUCAAUCACAAUCGACCACCAAUAAUCAUCAUCAUCAGACAGCAUCAUCUACUGGUGGUGUUGUUGCAUCAGCUGUCGUUGGACAUCAACACCAACACCAUCAUCAUCAACAGCCACAGCAGCAGCUGCUGCAGCAUAUGCCAACUCAUCAUCAGACGUCCAAUAAUUCGCUAACUCCAUAUUACAAUCAAUCUGUACAACAACAACAACAACAGCAGCAGAACAUUACACAAUCACCCCAGUUAACUGUAUCACAAUUCGCUAAUCCUAAUCCUAAUUCUAAUAUUCCUUCAUAUAUGUUUCUUACAAACAAUGCUACUAACAAUAAUAAUAAUAAUAUUACGAAUACAAGUAAUAAUCCUGGUGGGGGUGGUGUCUGUGGUCAACAGACUAACUCAAAUUUAUAUCCUUCUGUUGAUCCGAAUUGUAUCAUACAACAACAACAACAAUCUCAAAAUGCUUGUUGUUUACCUCAACAACAGACAGCUCAUCAAUCCAGUACAAAUAAUAAUAAUACUAAUACUAAUAAUAGUCAACUUCAACAAACUGCUGCACAACGUCAAGUUAUCCAGCCUGUACCUCAUCAUACUUCCAUACAACAGGGCACGUAUUUAAUGUCACAACAACCGCAAACACUUGGUCAACAACAGACAAUGAUGAUUGGCGGUGGCAAUCAAAUCCAGCAACAACAACCGGCAUUUGGCAAUCAUCAUCAUCAUCCGCAUAAUUUAUACCAUUUACGACUUCAUCCAGAAUCUUUCGGUGGUGCUGGCGGCGGUGUUGGUGGUAUACCGGCAACUGGUGGUAUGAAUGGUGGUAGUGGUGGGCAGUCGGUUGGAGACAAUUUUUCAACACCUAUAAUUCCUCAAGGACAAAUUGGCAGUGGCAAUAAUGCAUUUCGAAAGUAGUAAUAAUGAUAAUCACACUAGUGUGUGUGGUGUAUAUUCUAAGUGUGUGUGUGUGUGACGGGGGUGGGUGGAUUAAUAGGCGUGUCUCUGUCUCUAUGUGUGUGUGUGUAGCUAUAGUAAGCAAAGGAGGGAGGGAGGGGGGAAUCCGUUUCACUUUACAUUACUAACAACAUGUUGUUAUCGUUGAAGCGCUUCUCCUCCUGUUUUGUAGGCGCGCAUACACCCUACGUACACGCAUUAGUUAGUAUUGCCCUAUUGUUUGUAUCUCCCCUUCUCUCUCUUUGUGUGUGUGUGUGUGCGUGCGUCUCUCUCUCCCGCCCUCUCCUUCCCUGAGUAUCUCUUUUUUAUUACUAUUACUAUUACUGUUAUUAUUAUUAUUACUACUACUACUACUAUUACCUUACGUGUUAUUAUUAUUAUUUGUUGUUGUUUACAAUGCAUAGUUAUGACAGGUAAUUGUGCACGCAUUGCAUAGUUGCGUGUGUGUGUCUGUGCGUGUGUGUGUCUGUGCGUGUGUGUGUGUGCGUGCGCGCAAUUAUACCAUUUCGUUUUCUCUCUGAAUCUAUUAUACAUAUAUUAAUGUCUAUACCAUUUAUAUCUGACUGACUGACUAACUGAACUUAAUCCUGCGCCUUUUUUUGUGUAAAUAAUGAUGAUCAUAAUGACAAUAUAAUUAUGUCAACAACAACAACUCUUAAGAGUUGAGUUUUACACAAUAAUGUGAACUCACAUUACCCUGAUUAUUAAUUGAUUGAUUGAUUCAUUGAUUGGUGAUGAGGAUUACUCACUGAAUAACACAACAAGAAGAGCAACCAACUAAUGCGACAUAUAUGUGUAUCAUAUGGUGUUACUCUGACGUUAACGGACAUGAAUAAGAAGAGGAAGAACGACGAAUGACUACAGAUCGGUCGAUCGAUUGGUGGUCAGGUGAUGGUGGGUGAUGAUGAUGAGUUCCACUUCUGGUCUUUGUUACUCUCCUUUUUGUGUGUAUGUUUUCGUUUUCUUUGUUUAUGCUCCUCUUUCUAUCUCUCUCUCCCGCGCGUUUUUAAUCCUCCGGCUUCCUUCUUCCAUGUACACAUGAUGCCAGCGCACAGAUCUGUUUUCGUGUAUAUUUUACACAUACACACGCACAUACAUACAUACACUUACUUAUACCAUAUUAGUUUUUAUCGUUCGAAUUUGUAACCUUACUGUCCCCACCACCGCCACUAUCACCACAACGACGGCGACGUUGAAUGAAUGUCUUACUACGAGUUCGAUUGUAUGCAUUUUCAUUUGUGCUCCUAGCUGUGGUGUGAUGGUGAUGUUGUUUAUAUGUGGUGGUUGUAUUUUGACUUCCCUUUUUCAGCAAAUUCCCGCUACAUUACUGAUAUCAGUAGUAGUAGUAGUAUUAGUAGUAGUACUAUAAAUAUCAGCAGUAACAGCAAAUACUCACAAUUAAUAGAGUUGUCUUGUUUAUAUUUCUCGCCUUUUUCUAAAAAAAGGAAUAAAAUGACGAUAAAUUUUAUUUUAUCCUUAUUAUUAUUAUUAUUAUUAUUAUUAUUAUUAUUAUUAUUAUUGCCGUAUUUCCCCAUCCAUGAUCAUAUUUUGAAGUAAGGACAAUUGACACUUAUACACAAACAAAAAUCCCUUUUUUUCACAAGCACACUCUACACAGCUAUUUACUCGCCUGUAUUUUUGUGCCUCUUUUCUCCAAUCCUACCUACAUGUUCCUGUGCGUGCGUGCGUGUGUCUGUUUCUAUGUCUCAUUCUUUUGUUCUCUCCGUUUUUCCCACACUCUUAUCUCCCCCCUCGUCCACCUUAUUUCUUUCUGUUGUUUGUUUUUUCUGCAUUGCCUAACUCUCUCUCUCUCACUCCGUACACAGCUGAUCUCAUUUGUGUCUAAUGUUUGGUUUUCGAUCUUCUCUUUCGUGGAGGGCGGUGGGUGGGUGUGUGGGUUCAGUCAGUUAGCCAGUCACCUUGACCAAUUAACCAGUCAAUCAAUCAAUUAACCGACCAAGUUCAAUUUUGAUCUGAUUUGUUGUUACUACUAGUGUUCUUUGUCUGGUUCACUUUUUCAAAGACUGGUGUAUGUGUGUGUGUGUUUUAUUCAAAAAAAGGAAUAUCAAUGUGUUUGUUUUUGUACAUAUUACAUAUACUUAGUAGUGUUAUUGUUAAAAUAUUACUAAUGUUUAAAAAUAGUUGUCUGCUUAUAUAUAUACUACUGAUUUAAA